UUUCUCUUUAGAUUAGAAUUGUUGUUUCUGUUGUUUUUUUUGGUGUUGACAGACUAUGACAAAGAAAGCUGUAGGUAUCGACUUGGGAACGACUUAUUCUUGUGUGGGAGUAUGGAUGAAUGAGCGAGUGGAAAUCAUUCCUAACGACCAGGGAAACAGAACCACUCCUUCUUAUGUCGCUUUCACGGACGAGGAGCGACUGAUUGGAGACGCUGCAAAGAAUCAAGUCGCUCUUAACCCACAGAACACUGUCUUUGACGCGAAACGCCUUAUUGGUCGCAAGUUUUCUGAUUCCUCAGUGCAAGCAGAUAUGAAACACUGGCCUUUCAAAGUGAUCGCGAAGGACGGAGAUAAGCCCUUCAUUCAAGUAAAUUACAAAGGGGAGACGAAGACCUUUGCUCCAGAGGAGAUUUCUGCAAUGGUUCUUCAAAAGAUGAAGGAAACCGCCGAGGCAUAUCUGGGGGCAACAGUAACCGAAGCAGUUGUCACAGUACCUGCAUACUUUAAUGACUCCCAGAGACAGGCAACCAAGGAUGCGGGUGCGAUUGCAGGCUUGAACGUACUUCGAAUCAUCAAUGAACCCACUGCAGCAGCUAUUGCAUAUGGAUUGGACAAGGAGGCCAAAGGUGAACGUCAUGUGCUCAUUUUUGACUUGGGUGGUGGCACAUUUGACGUUUCUCUUUUAUCUAUUGAUGAAGGUGUCUUUGAAGUAAAGGCAACUGCUGGAGAUACUCACUUGGGAGGAGAAGAUUUUGAUAACAGGCUGGUUGACUAUCUGGCAAAAGAGUUCAAACGAAAAUAUAACAAGGAUAUCACAUCCAAUCACCGCGCUAUGAGAAGGCUUCGUACAGCUUGUGAGAGAGCUAAAAGAACCCUCUCAAGUGCAACCCAAACAACUAUUGAAGUGGAUUCUCUCUACGAAGGCAUUGACUUUUACACCAGUAUUACGAGAGCCAAGUUUGAAGACUUGUGUAUGGAUUUGUUCCGCAAGUGCAUAGAUCCCGUCGAGAGAGUUAUUAAGGACUCUGGAUUAUCCAAGAGUCAAAUUCAUGAUGUUGUUUUGGUAGGAGGUUCGACUCGAAUUCCAAAAGUUCAACAACUUUUGCAAGACUUUUUCAAUGGCAAGGAGCUUUGCAAGAGUAUUAAUCCAGAUGAAGCAGUUGCGUAUGGUGCAGCAGUACAGGCAGCAAUCUUGACAGGAGAUGCAAGUGAGAAGACAAAGGAUCUCUUGCUACUUGAUGUCACACCUUUGAGUCUUGGUAUUGAGACUGCAGGCGGUGUAAUGACCAAGUUAAUCGAAAGAAAUACUACUAUUCCCACGAGAAAAUCGCAAAUAUUUACUACCUAUGCAGACAAUCAACCUGCAGUUACUAUUCAAGUGUAUGAAGGAGAACGUGCUAUGACAAAGGACAAUAACUUGUUGGGACGAUUUGACUUGACAGGAAUACCGCCAAUGCCACGGGGAGUACCUCAAAUUGAGGUUACGUUUGAUAUUGAUGCCAAUGGUAUCUUGAAUGUCAGUGCAGUAGAGAAGAGUACCAAUAAGAGCAAUAAGAUUACUAUUACAAAUGAAAAAGGACGUUUAUCGCAAGAGGAAAUUGAACGUAUGGUUAAGGAAGCGGAACAGUACAAGGCGGAAGAUGAGAAGCAGAAAGUUCGCAUCGAAGCGAAGAAUAGUCUUGAACAAUAUGCGUAUAAUCUGAGAAAUACUAUGCAAGAAGAUAAUGUAAAGAAGACGUUAUCUGAGAGUGACCGUGAGACUUUGGAAUCCAAAGUGAAGGAAACUUUAGAAUGGAUUGAUACGCACAUGGAUUCAUCAAAAGAAGAGUUUGAAGCAAAGCAGAAAGAAUUGGAGCAAGUUGCUAUGCCUAUUAUGUCUAAGCUAUAUCAGGGUGCAGAGGGAGCUGCCGGUGCUGCUGGAGCUGCAGCAGGGGGAUUUGGUGGUGCUGCAGGUGGUGGAGCAAGCGGAGGAGAUGGUUCCUCAUCUGGUCCCAAAGUUGAAGAAGUUGACUAAGAUUGAUAAUGGUUCUCUCGUAUUUUCACAAAAGUAACGAUAUGAAAUUUUUCUCUCUCCCCUAUUGCCUAAUGUAACAAAUAUUUGCUUUUGCUUGCAAUAAAAGUUUUCUUAUAUUAGCUAUUUG